AUGGGUAAACGGCGAAGAACAAAUGCGGACAAGGGUCAUGAGAAGCAGGCCAAAAAGCCGAAGACAAUUGCCAAAGGUGAAGAAGAGGCCUACAAAAUCCGUCUCACCGAAGAUUACAAACGAGACAGCUACAGAGCGGGAGCAUUCCCCUUCCUAGCACUCCCCGGCGAGCUCCAGAACCGUGUCUAUGAGUUCGCGCUGGUCAGAAAAGAGAUCCGUAUCGUAUCCACCAUUGCCGCUCCCGGCCAGAAGCGGCGCUCAUGGACUCCCUGGGCAAAAUACAGGCCAUUAACAUACACGCGCCGCAUCCAAGACACAUCGGAACCCGACUGUUGCGGUGACGAGGACGAGUACGAGCAUGAUAACGCAGACGACAAAUUGAGCGAAGAGGCGCGCGCAAACGCAGAGAUCUGCCUCAAUCUGUUUCUCGUCAGCCGCCCGCUCUACAACGAGGCGAGGGCAGCUUUCUACAAAAGAGACCUCUUUUACUUCCAGGAAACAUAUCUGAACAUUCCGGGAGUCUCUUUGGCUUUCUUGCGCGAUCGGCCAUCCGAGGUCCUCCAGAACUUUAUCCAGAAAAUACAUAUCGAUGGACUUAGCAGAAUAGACAAGCCAUCGCUCAAGCAACUAGUCGAUUUUCUUGGCCGAGAAAAGCUUCCGCUUCGGUACUUGGGGCUCUCGUUUCGUGACUUUGUCCCCUUUCCCAUCACCAAGAACGACAGAUCAUGGACAUGGCAGUGGGGCGGCACUCUCGACAUAGAACGGGGUUCUGGAACGGUAUUAAUGGAGGGGUUCCUCAACGUCCUCCUCACCAUUACGCCCGUUGGCACCUUGGCUCUGGAGGUCUACACGCGACCUACGUAUUCUGCACCCACGCCCAACCCGCCCCAUAAAAUGGAACGACAUGUAGUGGCAUUUAUAGCGUUCCUCCGCUCCAAGCUACUACGUGACGCCGAAAAAUUAGAACUGGGCUAG